AUGUUCUUCUCCUCACCGCGCCACCUGCGACCUGCGACCAUGUCAGCCACCUUCGCCCCGUCGGCUUCCAACUCGCCUCUGCCCCCAUCCUACUCCGACCCCAUGCCCCCGCCCUUCGACCCCACUUCAUCCACAUCCUCCUCUACAUUCGACUUCGACGCCCUCUCCCCCGAGUUCCCACCCGACACCUCGCCCUUACCCGCCUACACCCCAGGGCCCAACCACGCCGCUUCCUUACGUUCUCGCAACAGCACUUCACGCCCCACCACACAGCCCAAGGAGUUCUACUACGAGCUGAAGAAGCGCGGGAAGCCUUUCGCAUGUCUCACGCUCACUGCGUAUGGCGGUGCUGCGUUCUCGAAGCACAUGCCGACGUUCGUGGAGGGGGAGAAGGUGAAAGGAAGGGUUGAGCUGAGGCUGGAGAGGCCGGAGAGCGUGCUUGGGGUGUAUGUCCAGAUCCAGGGCCAGGUGAUAACAGGCGCGAAUCCGAACGACCAGCUGACAUUUAUCGACCUUACGCACACGCUAUGGGGCCCCAGUAUGGGCGACCCGCGUGGGACGACGGACGAUGCAGGUGGUACAGGCAGUGCGAGGGCGAGUACCAGUGUGGAUGGAACGCCGAGCGGCUCGAACGACUCGUCCAACACGCCCGUGUCUUCAAGCCCGGACUCUUCAGCUUUGACUGCCGCCUCAGCGGACACACCACCCGUACAAGCAGCCCCCACAGGCCUCCCGCCCAAGUUCACCGACAAGCUCCAAGGAACGUACACCUGGUCUUUCGCGCUCGACCUGCCCAAGGAAGUCGUCGUCCCUUACGGGGCGCGCGGCGAGGUCGGCGUGUUCCACCCACCACAGACGUUCAACGAGCGGCAUUCGCGCGCGAGUGUCGUGUACGAAAUCGUGCUUCGUGUGGGUAGGGGACGGCUGCUGAGAGGGGACCACAGGAUCCCAGCGCAGUUUGGGUACAUUCCGGUGACGCGCCCGCCGGCUUUCUCGCAGCUGAGGAGGAUGGCGUAUGCAGAGGGCAGCGCGUUGCUUGGGCCGACGGUGGAUGUGGAGGGGUGGUACGCACCGGAGGAGGUGAGGGUUCAGGGGAAGGUGCUGCAUAAUCGGACUGUGGAUAUUGGUUUUUCAACCUCUCCCAUGAUCUAA